AUGGAGAACUGGACAGAGGUGACGGAGUUUAUCCUUGUGGGUUUAACAGAUGUCCGCUGGUUGCAGAUCCUACUCUUCUUUCUGCUUCUCCUCAUCUACCUCUUGACCCUGACAGGAAACAUCGUCAUCAUCACCAUCACCCUGCUGGACCGGCGCCUCCACACCCCCAUGUAUUUUCUCCUCAGGACCUUCUCCCUUGUGGAGAUGGGCUUCACAUCCAUUAUCAUCCUGAAGGCUUUGUUCAACCUAGCGUCAGGCACUAACUCUGUCUCUAUGGCUGCAUGUUUUGCUCAGUGCUUUGCCUAUGUCCUUGUGGGCACCGUUGAGUUCUUCCUGCUGGCAGCCAUGUCCUUCGAUAGAUAUAUAGCCAUUUGUAAGCCACUGCACUAUGUCACCAUCAUGAACAGCAGGUUUUGCAGCCAGCUGGUGCUGGGCUCCUGGGUGAUCAGCUUCAUGUAUGUGAUUGUCCCUCUUAUUAUGCUGUUCCAGCUGCCCUUCUGCUCACCAAAUGUCAUUAACCAUUUUUUCUGUGACAUCGUGGUUGUGUUGAAAGUUGCCUGUAGAGACACCCAGUUGCUAGGGCUCCUGGUGUUCCUCUUCUCCACUGGCAGCAUACUGAGUACUUUUGCCAUUACCAUUAUUUCCUACAUCAACAUCAUCUUCACUGUGCUGCACAUUCCCUCUGCCUCUGGGAGGAAGAAAGCCUUCUCUGUUUGUAUCUCCCACCUCACAGUGGUCUCAAUCACCUACGGCAGCUGUAUCUUCAUGUACGUCAAGCCCGCGGAGGACAGCAGGGUGAAUCUUAGCAAAACUGUAGCUCUUCUUAAUGGUGUGGUGUCCCCAUUCCUCAACCCCUUCAUCUACAGCCUGAGGAACAAACAAGUCAAGGAGGCUUUGAGAGAUGCUGUCCUCCGGACUGUGAUGUUCUCAAAUAUGCCCAAAUGUUUUGGGAGGUAA